AUGAGAGCACAUAUAAUUUUUUGGCUUUUCUUUAUGCUAUUCAGCUCCAUAAAUUCCAGCACUAAUAAUUUUUUGCUGAAUGGCAACUGUCGAGGCCAUCAACGUGCCGUGUUGCUCCAAUUGAAGAACAACUUGAUAUUCAACCCUGAAAAAUCUUCAAAGCUAGUUCAUUGGAACCAAAGUGAAUAUGAUUGUUGCAAAUGGCAUGGUGUAACAUGCAAAGAUGGACAUGUUACAGCCCUUGAUCUUAGUCAAGAGUCUAUUUCCGGAGGACUUAACGAUUCAAGUGCCAUUUUCAGCCUGCAGGGUCUGAAUUUGGCUUUUAAUAAGUUUAAUUUUGUGAUUCCUCAAGCGCUGCAUAAACUGCAGAAUUUGAGGUAUCUCAACUUGUCUGAUGCUGGCUUUGAGGAGCAGGUCCCAAAAGAAAUUGCUCACCUUACAAGGUUGGUUACUCUUGAUUUGUCUUCUUUAAUUACUUCACGUCAAAACCUAAAACUUGAGAAUCCAAAUAUAGAAAUGCUUGUGAAAAACCUUACAGAUAUCACAGAAUUGUAUCUAGACGGUGUAGCAAUAUCUUCCAGCGGAGAUGAGUGGGGUCGUGCUUUAUCUUUAUUGGAGGGUGUUCGUGUUUUGAGCAUGUCGUCGUGCAAUCUCUCAGGACCUAUUGAUUCUUCACUAGCUAAGCUUCAGUCACUCUCUGUUCUAAGAUUAAACAACAACAAAUUGUCAAGCAAAGUGCCUGAUUCCUUUGCAAAUUUCUCCAAUUUAACAAUCCUAGAAAUCAGUAGUUGUGGCUUGAAUGGUUUUUUCCCAAAGGAAAUCUUCCAAAUCCACACAUUAAAGGUCCUUGACAUAUCAGACAAUCAAAAUCUUAGUGGUUCUUUGCCAGACUUCUCACCACUUGCAUCUCUUAAGUACCUAAAUCUUGCCGAUACAAAUUUCUCAGGACCACUUCCAAAUACUAUCUCCAAUCUGAAGCACCUGUCGACUAUUGAUCUAUCUCACUGCCAAUUCAAUGGAACACUUCCCAGUUCAAUGUCUGAGCUCACCCAACUUGGCCUCAUAAAUCUUGUUAGCAUCAAUUUAGGGUUCAAUUCUUUCAACGGGAGUGUGCCAUCAUCUGUUCUUAAGCUCCCAUGUUUGAGAGAACUGAAGCUUCCCUAUAAUAAGCUUUGUGGUAUCUUGGGUGAAUUUCACAAUGCUUCUUCACCUCUAUUGGAGAUGAUAGAUUUGUCCAAUAAUUAUUUAGAAGGCCCUAUUCCAUUAUCUAUCUUUAACCUUCAAACACUUCGUUUCAUUCAACUUUCUUCCAACAAGUUUAAUGGUACAGUAAAGUUGGAUGUCAUUAGAAGGUUAAGUAAUUUAACUGUAUUAGGGCUAUCAUAUAACAAUAUUUUGGUUGAUGUCAACUUCAAAUAUGAUCAUAACAUGUCAUCCUUUCCAAAGAUGAGAAUUCUAGAUUUGGAAUCUUGUAAGCUGUUACAAAUUCCUAGUUUCUUGAAAAACCAAUCCACAAUAUUAUCUAUUCACAUGGCUGACAACAACAUUGAAGGACCAAUACCUAAGUGGAUUUGGCAACUUGAAUCUCUUGUUAGCUUGAAUCUUUCCCAUAAUUAUUUUACAGGUUUGGAAGAAAGUUUUUCGAACUUCAGUUCUAACCUUAACACUGUUGAUCUAAGUUAUAACAACCUCCAAGGGCCAAUUCCUUUAGUUCCAAAGUACGCCGCUUAUUUGGACUAUUCAAGCAACAACUUCAGCUCUAUCAUUCGACCAGACAUUGGGAACCACCUCCCUUACAUGACUUUUAUGUUUCUUUCAAACAACAAAUUUCAAGGACAAAUCCAUGAUUCUUUUUGUAAUGCAUCUAGUCUAAGGUUGCUAGAUCUUUCCCACAAUAACUUUGUCGGGACAAUUCCCAAGUGUUUUGAAGCACUGAGUAGCAGUCUAAGAGUGUUGAAUUUCGGUGGAAACAAGCUUCGAGGUCAAAUUCCUAGUAGUAUGUUUCCAAAUUUAUGCGCACUAAGGUUUGUUGAUCUAAAUGACAAUCUUUUAGGAGGUCCUAUACCAACAUCCUUGAUCAAUUGUAAGGAACUACAAGUCUUAAACCUUGAAAAGAAUGCAUUAACAGGCAGAUUUCCAUGUUUUCUAAGUAAAAUUCCAACAUUGAGAAUCAUGGUUUUAAGGUCAAAUAAGCUGCAUGGGUCUAUCAGAUGCCCAAAUAGCACUGGUUAUUGGAAGAUGCUUCAUAUCGUUGAUCUAGCAUGCAAUAACUUCAGUGGCAUGAUAUCAUCUGCACUCUUAAAUAGUUGGCAAGCAAUGAUGCGUGACGAAGACGUGCUUGGACCAGAAUUCGGCAGUUUGUUUUUUGAAGUUUAUGAUAACUAUCACCAAAUGGGUUUUAAGGAUGUAGUACGGAUGAUGGAAAAAUUUUGUGCUAAGCAAGUGACCCAACUUCUUUUAAAUAUGUCCCAUUCUGAUCUGUAUCAAGUAUUCUCUGACAGGACCGCAGAACAUGUGGAUCUUGGUCGUUAUCAGGAGUCAAUUAUUAUUGUCAACAAAGGUCAUCAGAUGAAGCUUGUCAAAGUUCAAACGGCUUUCACUUAUGUGGAUAUGUCAAGCAAUUACUUAGAGGGACAAAUACCUGAUGAGUUAAUGCAAUUCAAGGCAUUGAUGGCUCUAAACUUGUCACAUAAUGCAUUAACGGGACAUAUACCAUCAUCAGUGGAGAAUUUAAAGCAUCUUGAGUCUAUGGACUUGUCAAACAACUCCUUGAAUGGAGAGAUUCCUCAAGGGCUUUCAAGUCUAUCUUUCCUAGCAUAUAUGAACCUCUCGUUCAAUCACCUCGUGGGGCGAAUUCCUUUGGGUACUCAAAUUCAAUCAUUUGAUGUAGACUCCUUCAAAGGGAAUGAAGGGUUAUGUGGACCUCCACUGACCACCAAUUGCGAUGAUGGUGGAGUGCAAGGGCUGCCACCACCAGCAUCCGAGUUAUCUCCUUGUCAUAAUAACAGUUCAAUUGAUUGGAAUUUCUUAAGUGUGGAGUUGGGAUUUAUUUUUGGCCUUGGAAUUUUCAUCCUCCCCCUUGUUUGCUUGAUGAAAUGGAGGUUGUGGUAUUCCAAUCGUGCAGAUGAAAUGCUUCACAGGUUCAUCCCCCAGCUAGAUUUUGUGUAUGAACAGCAUGAAGGGAAGAGGUGUAGAUCUCUAAGGUGGAGGUACUAGUCGCUUAACUCUUGGUUUCGAAGCUAUAUGUCCAUAAAUUGGACUCACAUCAAUGGUGCAAGCAAAACAUGACUCAGGUGUGGAUCCAUUAUUCGUAUUCCUCCCUUGUUCACUAGGACUCUUUUUCUUCUCAUGUUAGUAUUGUUGAAGCAGAACGAAUCUGAUAGCUAUCUG